UAGUCAAUGUUAUUUUUUUUGUUUGUUUUCGGAGGUUUAGCUAAUUUGAUUUUGAGAGUAGUCGCCACUGUUCGACGUCCUGUCCAUAUAUACACGAAGAAAAGAAUACGUGGAGUACUAAAGAUGGAUCAGAAUAAGUCUGCUGAGCCAGCCGAAAAGAAAGCAAGGAACGAAAACACAAUGACGCUAGAGGCCAUUCGCUACAAGGGGAGGAGUUUGGAGAUCUUGAACCAGAAGAAGCUCCCUCUUGAGACGGUUUAUGAACAGGUCACAUCGACCGAAGAUGGCUGGCAUGCCAUCAGAGAAAUGAAGGUUAGGGGAGCUCCUGCGAUAGCGAUUGUCGGAUCUUUGUCUCUGGCUGUUGAGCUUAGCGGUAUGUCCUUCGAGAGCAAGUCCGAGCUGGUGUCCUUUAUCUGUAAACAAUUCAGAUACCUCAACACGGCCAGGCCUACAGCAGUGAAUAUGUCGGAGGCUGUAAAAAGGUUCACCAGUCUGGCAGAAGAGCUUGGCAGUGAUUCUGAGACAACAAUGGAGUCAUUAAAGGACAGAAUAAUAGAAGAGGCCGAAAACAUGCUAGAGACAGAUGUGCGGACCAAUCAGAGCAUAGGAAUGCAUGGAGCGGACCAUUUGAUACGUUCAUCCGGGGGUGGACAGGUUGUGAUGACUCAUUGUAACACAGGAUCCCUCGCUACAGCUGGCUAUGGCACAGCUUUGGGCGUUAUCCGCGCUCUUCAUGAAAGAGGAAAGUUGGAACACGUCUACUGCACCGAGACACGCCCGUACAACCAGGGAGCACGUCUAACCGCUUAUGAGCUCGUGUAUGAACACAUCCCAGCUUCACUUAUUACAGACAGCAUGGCUUCAUUCUGUAUGCUCAAGAAAGGUGUCACAGCUGUUGUCGUUGGUGCUGACCGCGUCGUAGCUAAUGGUGACACAGCAAACAAGAUCGGGACUUACCAGCUUGCCAUAGCGGCCCGACAUCACAACGUUCCCUUCUACGUCGCUUCCCCCGUGACCUCUUGCGACCUCAGUUUGACCUCUGGGGAUGACAUCGUGAUUGAAGAGCGUCCAGAGGGAGAGUUGACAAAGAUCAACGGCAUGCAGAUUGCCGCUCCAGGUAUCUCUGGAUGGAACCCUGCCUUUGACGUGACCCCGGCUGACCUUAUUACUGGAAUUAUCACUGAGCAUGGUGUCUUUAAACCUGAAGAACUAAAGGAAAAACUGACUCAACUUUCGUCAACAUCAUAGUAUUGAACGUGGUGUCUUCAAACCAAAUGAACAAAAGGAAAAAAGAGUUACUCAUCUUUCCUCAUCAUCAUAGUAUUGAGCAUGCUGUCUUUAAACCUGAAGAACUAAAGGAAAAACUGACUCAAC